GCCAUCUUGAACUCACGGGGGAGGAUCAAUUUCGCUUUGGAAAAUGCCGUAGCUAAAGGAUUUUCUAUCGGAGUUCUACCAAUAUCGCCUUGCCUGUGGCUACGUAUAGAAUUGUUAACCAAGAUGUUCGAAAAGAACCUCACGGACCUUGUCCGUGGAAUAAGGAACAACAAAAGCAACGAGGCUAAGUACAUAGCUGCCUGUCUGGAUGAAAUCAAACAAGAGCUGAGACAGGAGAAUGCUGCUAUGAAAGCCAAUGCAGUAGCGAAACUCAGUUAUCUUCAAAUGCUGGGAUAUGACAUCAGUUGGGCUGCAUUUAACAUUAUUGAAGUCAUGAGUUCUUCCAAGUUUACAUACAAGAGAAUUGGUUAUUUAGCUGCAUCACAAUCAUUCCAUGAAGAUUUGGAUAUUCUCAUGUUGACCACAAAUAUGAUCAGAAAGGACCUUUGCAGCAUGAACAUGUAUGAUGCCGGUGUAUCUUUGUCUGGUUUUGCUUGCUUUGUGACGACAGACUUAGCAAGAGACUUAGCAAAUGAUGUUAUGUCAUUGCUCGUCUCAACCAAGCCCUACAUCAGAAAAAGAGCUGUUUUGCUAAUGUAUAAGAUAUUUCUCAAGUUUCCUGAAGCCUUAAGACCAGCCUUCCCAAGACUAAAGGAAAAGCUUGAAGACGGUGAACCUGGGGUACAAUCUGCUGCUGUAAAUGUGAUUUGCGAGUUGGCUCGGAAAAACCCCAAGAAUUACUUAUCACUGGCUCCUUUGUUCUUCAAACUCAUGACAAGCUCCACUAACAACUGGAUGUUAAUCAAGAUCAUCAAACUGUUUGGUGCUCUUUGUCCUCUGGAACCAAGAUUGGGAAAGAAAUUACUGGAACCUCUAACAAACCUUAUCCACAGUACUUCAGCCAUGUCACUUCUCUAUGAAUGUAUUAACACUGUUAUAUCAGGAUUACCACAACACAAUGCUUCCAUUCAGUUAUGUGUAAGCAAGCUUCGGAUCUUGAUUGAAGAUUCUGACCAGAACUUGAAAUACCUUGGUCUACUCGCAAUGUCAAAGAUUCUGACAGUAAAUGCAAAGGCUGUGCAAGUACACAAAGACAUAGUUCUUCAGUGUUUAGAUGACAAGGAUGAGUCCAUUAGACUCAGGGCACUGGACCUGAUUGUGGGAAUGGUUUCAAAGAAGAACAUUAUGGAUAUAAUCAAGAAAUUAAUGGAGCAGAUUGACAAGGCUGACAGUCAAACUUACUGUGACGAGCUUCUGUCCAAGAUUAUACAAAUUUGCAGCAUCAAUGACUAUCAUUAUGUUACAAACUUUGAAUGGUACAUUGAUGUGCUGAUUCAAUUAACAAGAGUUGAAGGGACAAGCCUUGGUAAACAGCUGGCUUCACAAAUGAUGGAUGUUACCAUUAGAGUCAAGGCAAUUCGUCCUUAUGCCGUGCAGUGCUUGUCUUUAUUACUGGACAACAGUGAACUGAUGUCAGGACAAAUGGAAAAGAACAGGGUUUGUGAAGUUCUUUAUGCUGCAGCUUGGAUCUCUGGAGAGUUCUCAGAACACUUACCAGACAUCCACAGUACGUUAGAAGCAAUGUUACAAGCCAAAGUCACCUCUCUUCCAGGCCACAUCCAAGCAGUUUAUGUCCAGAACAUUGCUAAGUUGUAUGCAAAAAUCCUUGCAAGUGAAGCAGAAGAGGAAGAAGAUGAUGAGAAGACAUCAGUUGGCGAGAUGCUGAUAGAGAAGUUACCUGUUUUUGUGCAGAGUGCAGACCUAGAGGUGCAAGAGAGGGCAAGCUGUAUUUUGCAACUCAUUAAGUAUGUUCUCAAACUGCAAGGAAAAGGUGUUGCCUGCACUAAGGAGGUAUCUUCAUUGUUUCAUGGUGAGCUAAAUCCAGUUGCUGCUAAAGCACAGAAGAAAGUGCAGAUUCCAGAAGGGCUUGACCUUGAUAAAUGGAUAAAUGACCCACCAUCAGAAAGCUCUGAAGAGGAAGAGGAGAUUGAUGCAAUAUUUGACACACCAAAUGAACACAAAGAACUGAAGCAGAAGUAUGUAUCAGAUGAUGAAGAAGAAAUGCAGAGGAGACGUGAACAGAGAAAACAAGAACAAAUGAGUAAUCCUCAUUAUCUGAAGAUGUCAUCCCGGGAGGAGAGGAAGGUUAAAAAGAAAGAAAUGGCUGUAGAGGAUAUCCCUGUGACUAACCUUGACUUGCCUGUUUCACUAAAAGUGUCCGGAGGUAUGGCACUUGACAAGAAAUAUGCUUCUGUUAAGAAGUUAAAGAAGAGAAGAAAGAAUGGUCGCAAAGGAAGUAGGACAGAUGAAGAAGAGCCACAUCUUGGCAUCUCAUAUGAAGUGCUCCCAACCGGGGCUGGAGAAUUACCUGAAGGAGCUGAUGAGUCAGAUCAUGAAAAUAAAGUGAAUGACGACGAGAUUCCUACGAGUGACCCUCACAAACUCUUGGAUGUCGACCUCAGCAAGCCUCUUGAAGCUCACGAAACUCUGCCUGUCCGACAACACCGAGUUGUAUUAGAAUCACAGCCGGCUGAUAGUGGAGAGAAUGAGGAAACCCCCAAGAAACAUAGGAAGGAUAAAAGACAAAGACAUCGAAAGGACAGUGAAGGCAGAAAGGGCAAACACAAGCAUAAGAAGGAUAAGGACGACAAAGAUAAGAAAUCAAAACACAAACAUCGGCAUCACCAUGAAGAUGAAGGUGCAGAACCUGUUGAGGAUAAUCUGAUGUUUAAUGGAGAAGUGGAUCACGUUGAAUCACCGUCACGAGAUGAUUCGCAUCAAGAAAGUGAAAAAACAACUCCCACGAAAGCGAUAACAGAGGUUGAGGACUUUCAACCUUCAGUGGAUGAACCCAGUGACCCUCAGGAUGAUAUGGACUUUUGGCUUUCCUCAACUCCACAGAAGUCUUCCCAUCAGCCUGCGGAAGUAGCCUCAACACCCUCACCUGAUACUGCAGCAGAAAAGGCACGAAAAGAAGAAAAACAUGCCAAACAAUCUGAGAAAUCCGAGACUAAAGAAUCGAAACGAAAACACCGUAAGGAUAAAUCAGAGAAGAAAGAGAAGCAUGAAAAGGAGAGAAAGAAAGAAAAGAGAAAGAGUAAAACUGGUGAAAAGCCAGAAUCAGUGGAGACCCCUGCGGGUGAACCAGAAAACCAGGAUGAACCAUCAAUCAUAGAGGUCGAAGAGGAGAAGAAGCAGCCCGCCAUCAUAACGUACAAAGUUCUUGCCGAAAACGGUUCCCUUAGACUGAUGUACGAGACAAGAGUAACCACACAAAAUAGAAACCAAGUAGUAGUGUCCGUUAUAUUCAGUAAUUUGUCGGAUCGUCACAUCAAGUCCAUGGAAUUUAAUGUAAUAGAUUCACUUAACACUAAACUGAUACGUCCGAUCGGAUCUUCGUCACGUGACAGUGUUCCAGUCCCUUUUCAUCUUUUGCCAGAAUCGUCAAAUGAAGGACAGUUUGCCUUCACUGUGGAGAGCAUAAACAUGGCACAGAAACUGAGAGGAACACUUACCUACGUUAUCAAGGAUGACGAAGGCUCAACUAGUGAAAAGAUGGAUUUCUCUUUGUUUUUACCUUGCUCGUCAUUUCUAAUUUCUACGCCGUUGUCCAGCACGGAUUUUACCAAUCUUCUUGGAAGUGGAACUAUUGUGCACAAGGGCUCUGUUAAGGUUACCACACCAGAGACAACAGUGUUCAGCUCAGUCGUAACCAAGAUUUGCGUUCUGUUACAUUUUGCAGUUGUGGAACAAGUCGAUAAUAGCGCGUCUUUGUACGCCUGUUCAAUUCAAGGACACCAUUUGUGUGCGCUUGUGAAGCAGUUACCAGAUCACUCCGUGUCUGUUGAUGGUAAAAGCACUGACUCGUCUCUUGUAUCCAGCGUCCUGGAAGAAAUGAAAAUGCUGUUACAAGUCCCAGUAUGACAUCUCCAGCUACGUUCACAAAUGUGAUCUUCAGAGAAAUACUGUACUAUCAAUGCAAUCAAAGGAUUGAAUCACCAGGUCCUGCGCGACACACAAGGCGGCUAAGAGACUGGGUUCCAUCCAAUAAAUCACGAUUUAAUUGUUAUAACCAGAGAACAGAAGAAUUAACUACUUUCAAUGACGAAUUUUUAAACCGUUUUGACUGAAUUCUUCUGGGAAUUUUGAAUACAUAUCUGGUAGCUUUACAGUAGAUGAAUGGAAAAAAAUCAGAUUGGGGGAAAUGAAUUCGUUACUAACAGACGUGAUGUUGCGUCGUCCGCUUGAUGUCGUGUUGCUUAACAAAAGUUAUGUUCAAGUGAGUUUUGAAAUGGGAGUGUGGUCAUCCGGGAUGUGGUAUCCUGAUAUUAGAGAUGAUAUCUCAUUGCUGAUAAGUCCGUAUAUUUUCAUUGGUUUUAGUUGAAUAAUGCGUUGAUACUGAAAGAAGUUACUUGCUAAAUACACUUCCGGGAGUUGAUGGAUCGAACUAAGCAUUACGAAAUUUUGCUAGACCAUGUAAAACUCAGAAUUGUGGAAAGGCGACAACAGACGGACCUUUCAGUUAACAAAAAAAAAUCUUAAAAAUAUAUAUUUAGCUUUAGUUUAACAAAUAACAAACUUGACCUUGCUCGGCAAUAAUAAAAAUGAGCGUUUCUGGUUAUGUUG